GAGAGAGAGAGAGAGAGAGAGAGAGAGAGAGGCGGAGAUGGGGGGUUGGGGGGAGGAAAGCACUGCCUGACUGAGAGAGGGGACACGACGAGCAUCUCGUUCCAAUGAAACCCCAAACAGCGUGACGAUGACGGCCAAAGGCAGACAUAAAGCGGUCCCCUUCCCCCUGGCCCACCGGCUAACCAUGAAGGAGGUGUUUGACUCGGAGGGCCGCCCGCGGGUGGACCUGCUCAAAGCUCACCUCACAAAGGAGGGCCGGCUGGAGGAGGCCGUGGCCCUGCGCAUCAUCGAUGAGGGCGCCGCCAUCCUGCGCCAGGAGCGCACCAUGUUGGAUAUUGAGGCGCCAGUCACGGUGUGUGGCGAUAUCCACGGCCAGUUCUUCGACCUGAUGAAGCUAUUCGAAGUGGGAGGUUCUCCUGCCAACACACGCUACCUCUUCCUUGGGGACUAUGUGGACAGGGGCUACUUCAGUAUUGAGUGUGUGCUCUACCUGUGGUCACUGAAAAUCCUCUACCCAAAGACGCUCUUUCUUCUACGAGGAAACCAUGAAUGUAGACAUCUGACAGAAUAUUUUACCUUCAAACAAGAAUGUAAGAUCAAGUACUCAGAACAGGUGUACGAUUCCUGCAUGGAGGCGUUUGACUGCCUUCCCCUGGCGGCGCUGAUGAAUCAGCAGUUUCUCUGUGUCCAUGGGGGGCUUUCGCCCGAAAUCCACACACUGGACGACAUCAAGAAGUUGGACCGAUUCAAGGAGCCCCCAGCGUUUGGGCCCAUGUGCGACCUGCUGUGGUCGGACCCCCUGGAAGACUUUGGCAACGAGAAGACCCAGGAGUACUUCGGCCACAACACCGUCAGAGGAUGCUCCUACUUCUACAGUUAUCCUGCAGUGUGUGAGUUCCUACAGACCAACAACCUGCUGUCCAUCAUCAGAGCGCAUGAAGCUCAGGAUGCCGGAUAUCGCAUGUACAGGAAGAGCCAGACGACGGGCUUCCCCUCCCUCAUCACCAUCUUCUCUGCUCCCAACUACCUGGACGUCUACAACAACAAAGCGGCCGUGUUAAAGUAUGAGAACAAUGUGAUGAACAUCCGUCAGUUCAACUGCUCUCCACACCCCUACUGGCUGCCCAACUUCAUGGACGUCUUCACAUGGUCGCUGCCUUUCGUAGGCGAAAAAGUGACGGAGAUGCUGGUGAACGUUUUGAGCAUCUGCUCAGACGAUGAACUUGUGAACGACGGAGAGGAAAUCUAUGACGCCAGUGCAGCUGCAGCGAGGAAAGAGGUUAUCAAAAACAAGAUCCGGGCCAUCGGGAAGAUGGCUAAAAUGUUCUCCGUGUUACGGGAGGAGAGUGAGAACGUUCUGACCCUGAAGGGACUGACUCCUACUGGCAUGCUGCCCAGCGGGGUCCUGUCCGGGGGCAAGCAGACCCUGCAAAGUGCUACCAUUGAGGCCAUUGAAGCUAUCGAGACAGUUAAGGACGCUGAAGCCAUCCGAGGCUUCUCUCCGCAGCACCGGAUCAGCAGCUUCGAGGAGGCCAAAGGCCUGGACCGGAUCAACGAGAGGAUGCCGCCUCGACGCGACGCCGUCAACAGCGUGGGGCUGUCGAUGGGCCGCAUGAACAUGGGCGAGCCCAACGGCACCGACAACAACAGCAAUAUCCAGUGAUCGACAGAAAAACAACCCCACUCCCACCUGCCUGCAGUCUCUACAAUGAUACUAUAUUUACCCAGUCUUGUACAUAGGCAUAUAAAGAGCAGAAACACACACACACACUCAUUACACCACACACACACACAGGAGAUUAAAUUCCCCCUCCCUUUGUUGCCCUCACCUGUUAUUUAGCCGGACUUUACCGCAGAGAGGCUGAGGGUCUUUUCUGAGCCCGGUUCUUCAGAACUAACCCUGAUCCUGACCCCUGACCCCUGUACCUGCACAACAACAACAGGAGACGGCCUCCGAGAGCAGACCAGGACUCUGAGGAGAGCUGCUGCCGUUUGCCGUGUGUUUGUGGGGAACAGCCGGGGGUGCUGGUGUGUGACGGUGUUGUGCCUGCGUCAGUCGGUGUGUGUGUGUGUGACGUUUGGGGGAGGGUGGGUGUGGAUCCAGCUGAGGGACCGGAAGCGACCAGGGCUGGAAAAUUAUUUCAAAUGUUCAAUUUUCUUUUGUUGUUUUUUUUUUACACACACACACACACACUUGAGAGAGUCGACGCCCGGCGAGGUGACCUCAGCCGCAGUCUAAUCUGAGCCCUCGCUUUUCUUCUUCUUCUGUUUGCUUUUGUAGCUUUGCACCGUAUUCACUCUCCAUACAGAGUCGGGUGGAGGAUUCCCCACCCAAAGCGCUUCGUCCAGACAUCUGGUCCAGUUCCACGUUGACUCUUGAAGACCAGCCCCCCACCCCGCCCGUUCCCUCCUUAUCUGUUGCAUGUAAAUACAUAGAGGUUUUAUCACAGGGUGCAAGACGCAGUAUAUUAGAAGAAGAAUGCUUUAUGUAUAUGUGGGGGCGUGUGUGUGUGUGCGUGUGUGUGUG